AUGGGCUUAGCCAUGGUGAUUGUUGGUCUGUUUUUACUCCUCUGUUUUUGCGCUGCUUUACUCCGACGGAAUGAAGUUCGAUACAUAAAAAAUGGAUUGCCUCCUGGUACAAUGGGUUGGCCUGUUUUUGGUGAAACCUCUGAGUUUCUUAAACAAGGUCCGAAUUUUAUGAAUUCUAAAAGAGCAAGGUAUGGGAGCUUUUUCAAAUCACAUAUUUUGGGAUCUCCUACGGUUGUUUCUAUGGAUCCAGAGGUUAAUAGAUAUAUUUUAAUGAAUGAAUCUAAAGGACUCGUCGCUGGUUAUCCUCAAUCUAUGCUUGAUAUACUUGGAAAAUGCAAUAUCGCUGCCGUACACGGCGACGCUCAUAAGCUUAUGAGAGGUGCUCUACUUGCUAUUGUUAGUCCCACCAUGAUUAAAGAUCGUCUUCUUCUUCAAGUUGAUGAGUUUAUGAGAUCCCAUUUGCGUAAUUGGGAUAGCCAAAUCAUUGAUAUUCAAGAAAAAACUAAACAGAUGGCUUUCUGGACAUCUUUGAAGCAGACUACCAGUAUCGAAUCCGGUCCAUUAUGGGAAUCUUUCACCAUAGAAUUCUUUAAGCUCGUCCUGGGCACUUUCUCGCUCCCAAUCGAUCUUCCAGGCACGAAUUACCGUAUAGGAGUUCAGGCAAGGAAUAACAUAGUAAAGCUAUUGAGGCAGCUGAUUAAUGAGAGAGGAAAUUCAAAGAUUCAAAAAGAUGACAUGCUUGGAUAUUUAUUGAGUGAAGAGAACAAAUAUAAACUAAAUGAGGAACAGAUUAUUGAUCAAGUCAUUACUGUUUUCUAUUCUGGUUAUGAAACUGUUUCAACAACUUCAAUGAUGGCUGUAAAGUUCCUUCAUGAUCAUCCCAAAGUUCUUCAGCAACUCAGAGAAGAACAUUUAGCAUUAAGAGAGAAGAAAAAUCCCAAGGACCCGAUCGAUUGGGAUGAUUUUAAAGCAAUGGAGUUCACUCGUGCGGUAAUUUUUGAAACAUCAAGGCUAGCUACUGUUGUUAAUGGAGUUUUGAGGAAAACUACAAAGGAUUUGGAAGUAAAUGGGUUUCUAAUUCCCAAGGGAUGGAGGAUUUAUGUGUAUAAUCGAGAGAUAAACUAUGACCCUUUUCUCUAUUCCGAACCAUACACUUUCAACCCUUGGAGAUGGCUGGACAAAAGCUUAGAGUCCCAUAAUUAUUUUUUCCUCUUUGGCGGUGGAAUUAGGCUUUGUCCUGGCAAAGAAUUGGGAAUUGCAGAGGUUUCUACAUUUUUACAUUACUUUGUAACUAAAUACAGGUGGGAAGAAGUUGGAGAAUGUAAGCUCUUGAAAUUUCCAAGAGUUAAAGCUCGGAAUGGGUUUCACAUUAGGGUUUCAUCCUACUGA